ACUCGUUUGUGCAUCAACCGGAAGCUGUAACGUCCUUUCUGCUCCCGGACUGCCGACAUGGUGUUCAAGCGCUUUGUUGAGAUAGGCCGUGUGGCCUACAUCGCUUUUGGACCCUAUGCUGGCAAGCUUGUUGCUAUUGUAGAUGUCAUCGACCAAAAUAGGGCUCUUGUAGAUGGUCCAUGCACAGGAGUGAAGAGACAAGCUAUGCCCUUCAAGUGCAUGCAGCUCACAGACUAUGUCAUCAAAUACCUCAUGGUACUUCGUCAGAAGUUUGUGAGGAGGGCCUGGGAGAAAGCCCAAGUCAAUGAGAAAUGGGAACAAAGCAGCUGGGCCAAGAAAAUUGAAGCAAGGAAGAAGAGGGCCAAGAUGUCUGACUUUGACCGCUACAAGGUGAUGAAGGCUAAGAGGAUGAGAAACAAGAUCAUCAGGCACGAGGUGAAAAAGCUUCAGAAACAGGAGGCUAAGAAGUGAAAAUUCUUCACAAAAUAAAUUUCUUGUUUAAUUGUU